AGGAGCUCCAUCAGCCCUCACCAGAUCCGGGCAGACACUUUACACCCAUCAGUGACAUCCUGAUUGAUCCACCACAAUCUUUUGACCUCAUCUCGCGAUUCAAUUGAUUCAGACCGGUACCCGCAAACGGGUGUGGCCAAGAUGGAUGACCCAGCGUCCCGUAUCCCGGGACAGUUGAUCCCGCAUAUGCACCUGGUCUCGCGGAAUCGCUACCCUAACAUGCAUAUGAUGCCGACCGAGACGGCUGUGGAAUACCUGCUGAGCGCGCCCCGAGUCUGCCAGACCCAACCCAUGCAUUGGACCUUUCUGGAUGGACCACAAGAUGGCACCGUGAUGCUCACAUGGCAACCGCUUGCCCACCUGGGCAACAAUUUCGCUAGCGACGGAUACGUCUGGGCCGAUGCGGAGCAGGCUUUCACCUUUGAAGCCCGAGGAUACACUGUUGAAAUGUUCCUCCACCGCAGCGGUUACCACCCUCCCAACGAAAACAUGGCCAGCCACUGUCGCAAGCGCUAUCGCAUCGUCUCCUCCAAAAUCCCGAACGCUCCCCAGCCCGAUCCGUCAUUGUGGAUCGUUCAUUAUUCUCGUGCGCCUCAGCAAGAUCAUAUACCCGCGAGCCGUAUCCCCGUUACACCACAAGUGCAGAGCAUGAUGGGCCAGCGGCGCUAUCUGCAGAGCCAGGGCCAACUUGCUCGCAAAGAAUUCCUCCUCCAUGACCGCAACAAUUGGCCUACGAUCAACUUCCCUCCCCAGAUACCUCCCCAAGGUUUUGCUCAACCACAGGCCGCUGCCUAUGCGAAUGCGCAGGCAGGAAGACCCGGUUUCUACCCACCCCAGGCUCACCCAGGCGCAGUACCACCUGCGCCAGCCCAGGGCAAGGCGCAACGUGCGCACCGUGCUCCGUCGGCAGCGAUGGCGGCGGCAGCGGCAGAUUUCGCCCUUGAGGACGAAGAUGUAGCAAGUGGUGACGUGAUGGAUCUCUUGACUCCUCGCGAGGUGAGCAAGAUGCGAUAUGUACAGCACCAUGAAUGGAUGGAAGAGAUCUUUGCAUCCCACUAUGCAAUUUCACAAAUCACGCCAGUCUCCCUCGGCCUCGGCCGCAAGGGUGAGCUGGAAUCGCUGACAGCGGGAUUCUUUGAUGCACCAGCUGGCGCCGAAGGUCAAGAAGGCCAGGCUCCAGAUGCUACCAAGCUGGAACCCGCCAAGGCAGAGGAGUUUGCCGAUCGCGUCGCGAAGAAGGUGGCCGACAUGACUGCGGAGAUUGAGAAGCUCAAGAAGCAACACGCCCGUCGGAUGGAACGCUUCAACCGCAGUUCACUGUUCAAGGAUGCCGAAUUGCGUCUUCGCGAUGCCGCUGCUGACCCCACGGCGACGGGCACAGAAGUUUGGCGAUUGGAGGGCCGGAUUAUCGUUCCCAACGAGGAGGGCGAGACCCCGCAGCCUGAUUACCUGGAAGAGAAGGCCAAGUACAAGGUGAAUGAUGUCGUUCGCGAGGUUGAAACCGUUUGGAAGAAACAGAUCGUUCCCGAGCCCAAGGUGUCAUGCGUCGAGAAGGGCGGUCUUCUAGAAAAGAUCGAGCCGGAGCAGAAGGAAGAGCCUGAGUCUUUCACUAAUGACAUGGUGAUUGACCAGGCUGAUUCCCAUCUUCUCAACCAGUUCGGUAGCUCCACUGUUGGCGGUACUGCAGCUCCUGCACAGCCGGGUGCCGAGAUCUCUGGGGAUGUGGACAUGGAUAUGGGCAAUCAGCUGGGAGGCGGCGGCACCGCUGGCGAGACUGGCGACUGGGUGAUGGUCAAUAAUGAGAAUAAAGAUGGCAAUGCGGUAGCCGGGGCUGGCGAGGGCAAUCUCGAGAGCGCCAACUUUGAUGAUUUCACCAACAUCGACAGUGCCGGCGACGCUCUAGCGGCAUACACCGAGCAGAACGAUGGGCUGGACUUGCCCGACCUAGACAACUCUGCAUUUGGCGAUGCCUUCCAUGCGUCGGAUAACGAGCACUCGCACAAUCCAGAUGCGGACGAGAUGUCCUAAUCUUGAAACGAGGUUUUGAGAUAUAAUUAACGGAGGCGCUUGCUACGGUUCUAUUUUGCGUUUUCUCUUUUGCUUUUCUUAUUCUGCUUAGCACGCUGCGGGCUACGGUCUGCUUCUGGGUGUUUGUCGGUGUGUUGGGUAGGGUGGUAUGGGAUUUGAAUUGAUGGAAGGUUGCUUUUGCAUCCGGAUGUCUUCUUUGUGUUGUAUGAUAAACUGACAGAGAAAUCUUUGACCCGGCUGAACGUAUCCAGCCCGGGGGACAUCUACAAUAGCUUGGUUAUCUCUUCAUGUAAUUCCUAGAGAUGACUAGCCCUAAGCCUUGAGUAGCAAGCUGUACG